AGGUUCCGUGCGCCACCUAUUGAUUAUAUAAUUAGCCCGGAAGUGAGGUGAUGUAGGAAUUUCCUGUUACGUCAGCGCGUCUGGUCUCCAUUAGUGGGUUGCAGCUGUUGGAAAAGAAACAACAACAAAAACGGAGAGACAGCGCGUUUCCAGCCGGGCUAAGCGCUCCGAAUCCCGGGAACUGACACCUCCUUUCCAACCCUUGGGCACCAACGGCUUCUAACCACGGCAGCCCUUGGUGAGGAAACUCUGGCCUCCGCUUCCUCCUCCUCCGACUCGGACACCGGCGGAGCGUCGCCGCCCCCGCGGAAGAAACACCGAGCCUCGGCGGCGGAGGGAGCAGGAGAGCCCGGGGCUUCGACAGGGACAGCGGGCCUCUCUCCGGUUCUUCUAGGACUUGCGACCUCUCCGCUUCCUUCGGCGGCCGCUGCCAUCCUCAGCCGAAACAUCGUCAAUAACGCCAGUGGUAGUAUAAUGCAGGCGAACGGGGCAGGACAGGGACAGGACUCGGAGCUCUCCUGCCUGAACAGCGCACAGAACGGCGAGUCCUCGUCCUCCUCCUCGUCGGCGGCCGUGGGAGCGCACUCGAACGGGCUCAUCUCCAGCACAAAUAACGGGAACAGCGUUAGUACCAACAACGGCGCUCUGGCCGGAGCGGCCUCGGGGACUUCAUCCGCUUCGAGCGCCUCGGCGUCGAGCUCGGAGGUGGGCUACACCAUGAAGAAGAAGAAACGGCUCUCGCAGUCGGAGGAAGAUGUCAUCAGACUCAUAGGGCAGCAUCUGCACGGCUUAGGGCUGAAUCAGACUGUGGACCUGUUGAUGCAGGAGUCUGGCUGCAGGCUGGAGCACCCUGCGGCCACCAAGUUCCGCAACCACGUCAUGGAUGGAGAGUGGGACAAGGCUGAAAAUGACCUCAAUGAGCUGAAAGCACUGAUGCUUUCCCCCAAUGCUAUUGUGCGGAUGAAGUUCCUGCUGCUGCAGCAGAAGUACCUGGAGUAUCUGGAGGAUGGCAAGGUGCUGGAUGCUCUGCAGGUGCUGAGGGGAGAGCUAACACCACUCAAGUACAACACCGACCGCAUCCACGUCCUAAGCGGGUACCUGAUGUGCAGCCACGCAGAAGAUCUGCGUGCCAAGGCGGAGUGGGAGGGCAAGGGCACCACCUCACGCUGCAAACUCCUGGACAAACUGCAGACCUACCUGCCCCCCACUGUGAUGCUACCCCCAAGGCGUCUGCAGACCCUGCUACGGCAAGCCGUGGAGCUGCAGAGAGACCGCUGCCUGUACCAUAACACAAAGCUGGACAGCAGCCUGGACUCGGUGUCCCUGCUCCUGGACCAUGUCUGCAGCCGGAAGCAGUUUCCAUGUUCCACCCAGCAGAUUCUGACAGAACACUGCAAUGAAGUGUGGUUCUGCAAGUUCUCCAAUGAUGGCACCAAACUGGCCACAGGAUCCAAAGAUACCACUGUUAUUAUAUGGCAGGUGGAUCCGGACACUCAUCAGCUGAAGCUGCUAAAGACGCUGGAGGGGCAUGCGUACGGAGUCUCCUACCUAGCCUGGAGUCCUGACGAUACAUAUCUAAUCGCCUGUGGGCCUGAUGACUGCUCGGAGCUGUGGCUGUGGAAUGUGCAGACGGGUGAGUUGCGAACAAAGAUGAGCCAGUCUCACGAAGACAGCCUAACCAGCGUGGCCUGGAACCCUGAUGGCAAGCGCUUCGUCACUGGGGGUCAGAGGGGCCAAUUCUACCAGUGUGACCUAGAUGGGAAUCUGCUGGACUCCUGGGAGGGUGUGCGAGUUCAGUGCCUCUGGUGUCUGAGCGACGGCAGAACAGUGCUGGCAUCCGACACACACCAACGCAUUCGUGGCUACAACUUUGAGGACCUGACAGACAGGAAUAUAGUACAGGAGGAUCAUCCUAUAAUGUCCUUCACUGUUUCAAAGAAUGGACGAUUAGCUUUGUUAAAUGUAGCAACUCAGGGAGUGCAUCUGUGGGACCUACAGGACCGAGUGCUGGUGAGGAAGUACCAGGGUGUGACGCAAGGUUUCUACACCAUCCACUCAUGUUUUGGAGGCCAUAAUGAGGACUUCAUUGCUAGUGGAAGUGAAGACCAUAAAGUAUACAUCUGGCACAAGCGCAGCGAGCUGCCCAUUGCAGAGCUGAGUGGACACACACGCACAGUCAACUGCGUGAGCUGGAACCCCGUGCUGCCUGGCCUUAUGGCCAGCGCUUCAGAUGACGGCACCGUGAGAGUGUGGGGCCCCGCCCCCUUCCUUGAUACACAAGGCCUGGAAGCAUUCAACGAGAAUUGCAGUAACAUGGAUAGUUGAUGGUGACUUGGAUUGGAAGACUGCUGUAAAAUGAAACGUAAAACAAAACACAAAAAAUACAAAAAGAGAAAAAGAAUCAACAAAAAAUUAGUUGCAUUUCUAACCUGGCUUCGGAGGUUGGAUGAAUCACUGGACUCAUCUUCAAAUGAAGCAAAAGGAACAAGAGACCCAUACCUGAUCCAUCGGACCCCGGCUGGGCCCUUGGUUGGCCUCACUGCCGCGCCCCCUGGCCCGUCACUGCGCUCUCACUGCUCAGCAGUUGAGCAUUGCCUCCUGUGUCUCUCAUAGUGUUGAGGAGGGGGGUCUUUAUUAGGGCAAGAUGUAUUUUGUUUGGUUUGUUUUUUUUUUUUUUUUUUUGUUUUUUUUUGGAACUGGGGAGGUUGGGGUUAGUCGGAAACAUUUUUUGCUUCUAACUAAGCAUUUGAGUUCAAUAAUAGCAGAUUCCACACAAAUAACAAGCGAAACAUAUUUGUAUUUUAUAAUUAUAGCAUUAUUAUUUAACAGCAUCCAAAUACAGAACAUAAGUAUUGGCACUGGAGUGCUUUAGUUAAUAGACUAUUCACUCCAAGGAAAGCUCCCCCCCUCCAUUAUUGGAUAUACAACACUCACAUGCUCAGACUCCCAUUACCCCCCUGUACCUUCACAUGUCCCUCCUUCAUUCCUUGUGUUCUCCCUAUGUACUCACUAAAGCCUUGCUCCCCUUAUUGGUCUGCAACAUAGUUCAUGGUCCAUCAGCUUUGGGGGACAAAGAUAAACUGGUUUUCAGCUGGACUUUCUCAGAUGAAGGGGUGAUGCUGUUGUAUUAGUUUAUUUAAAGUUUAUUCUCUUUUCUGGUUUCCUUUAAAAAAAAAAAAAAAAAAAAUGCAUUUUGCAGAUAAGGUUUGCAGGCCUCAGUGUGGUGCUGUGUUAAUCAAACAGUACUUUCCGUUAAGUCUUGUGCAUUAAGCACUAUUUUCACCGGAGAUCAUUUGUUCACCUCAGCUGAAGACUAUUUUAAAAAGCAGAAAUUUUAACUGAAUUGGUUAUUUGAAACCCCACAGUUUGGUGUACUGUUUUUUUUUUUUUUUUUUUAAAGCUGGUUUCCUCCCAUUUCAUUUCAUCCACCGUGCAGAGUAUUGUUUUUGUUGCAGAAGCCAAAUAAAUGAGCUGGGUUGUGGGUGGAUCUCCACAUGGAUCAAGUGCAGCCACAGGAUCUCCUGGAGUGCCGCUGUGCUGCUCCUUGCAGAUUCCCCCAGCACAGUGGCAAUAUUUUCUGCACAUACAAGUUAUGCUGUAGUAGAUGCCAUUCAGGCCACAUGACCAUCAGCAGAAAGGACAUUCCAUGUCCUUAAUGACAGAAUAUUGACAAGAGUUUAUGGCCAUGCUUGUCAGUGGUGUCGGACUGUGCUGGAGGAAGGUACCAAGGGCUGUGGGUUUACAUCUAUGAACCAGGCUACAGUCCUGUCUCCUGUCUGUCUGCCUUUUUCCCCAUCCCUCUGACUCCCAGCCAGUGCUCUACAGCUGUGGUGGGAGUACCAUAUUGAGCUUUCUUUCCAUUUUUUCAGUAUGUAAUGACUUUGCUAUGGACUGAUAUUAAAUGUUUAAAAAAAAAAAAAACUGCUAUUUUGUCUUUUUAUGGAUUUUUUUGUUAAUCAUUUUUAGUUCACACCUUUUUUUUCUUGUUUCUUUUUCAUUUAUCAUUAAACUAUAACCUCCCAUUGGGUCUCCUGUUAUUUUAGUACGUUUGCUUUAUUGCAUCAGUCCUUCAGUAUACGCGGGUGAGUCAAAAAAAGUUGUCGUUAUUGCAGGGACUCUUUGACAACACUUGUAUGUCACCUUACUCAGCUUGUAGGCAGAAGAGUUUAAUAAAAAGGACUGAAAUGACAACACUGGUUUGAAACAGGCAGAUAUGCAUUGGGCCCUUGAUGAUGAAAUCUUCUGUUAAAUUUCUUUAUUUUACAGUUGCCAUUAUAGAAUUUAGUUAUUCAAGAUAUACACUCAGAACACAUCUUACCUGGUGGGAGUGAAUGUGCCAAGAAAUAUACUGUCAAACAUUUUCUCCUUUUUUAAGUGUACAGUUGCAGGAGGCCCCCCCAUCACCCUUGCUUGUUGUAUUUGUCUCCUAGUGGAAUUCCAUCACCUGCUAGAAGGUGGUCACCUGGAGAGCAGCUUUUGCACCUCUGUUCUUUAUUUCCAUGCUUUUUUGAAAGUUUGUACACUAGUGCUUUUUCUGCUGAAAAGUCAAAUGUGAGAGGUGCUGCCAAGCUGGGCAGAUGAUGGGGUGGGGCCAUUUGCCAGCGAAUGCUAGCAGCCAGGGUUCCGGGAUCUAUUUGCAUCAGUGUGUUAUUAAAAAGUGAUUGUACUGUUUUGUAAUGUUGUGUAGGAGAAGUGUUAAUGUAUGCAUAUUUUCAAUAAAGCAU